AUAGCAAGGAGACUCUGUGAAAGUUUAGAGCACAGUCAACAUGGAGAUAAAUUCAGCCUUACUCCAAAUCUGAGUCUGAACAACAAAACUGCAGGAGCUAAACCAUGUGAAAGCAGCUCAUGUGGAAAAGUCUUCCUGCAUCAUUCAUGUCUUAAAACACACAUUCGAUGUCACACUGAACACAAGCUAUAUAACUAUCAAAAGUACGGAGAGAAGCCAUAUAAAUGUAAGGAAUGUGGGAAAGCCUUCCCUUUUCCCAAUGCUCUUCAAAGACAUGAAAGAACUCAUACUGGAGAGAAACCUCAUGAAUGUAAAAAAAGCAGUAAAGCAUUCACCUCUUGGAGUUCCUUUCAAAUACUUGAAAGAACUCACACUGGAGAGAAACCCUAUGAAUGUAAUAAAUGCAGUAAAGCAUUCACUUCUUCCCGUUCUCUUCGAAGACAUGAAAGAAUUCAUACUGGAGAGAAACCCUAUGAAUGUAAAAAAUGCAGUCAAAGAUUCACUUCUUCCAGUUCUCUUCAAAGACAUGAAAGAAUUCAUGCUGGAGAGAAACCCUAUGAAUGUAAAAAAUGCAGUAAAGCAUUCACUUUCCUCAGAUAUCUUCAAUUACAUGAAAGAAUUCAUGCUGGAGAGAAACCCUAUGAAUGUAAAAAAUGCAGUAAAGCAUUCACUUCUUCCACUUCCCUUCAAAGACAUGCAAGUAUUCAUACUGGAGAGAAACCCUAUGAAUGUAAAAAAUGCGGGAAAGCAUUUGCUUUGCUCAGAUAUCUUCGAUUACAUGAAAUAAUUCAUACUGGAGAGAAACCCUAUGAAUGUCAAAAAUGUAGUAAAGCAUUCACUUCUUCCCGUGUUCUUCGAGAUCAUGCAAGAACUCAUUCUGGAGAGAAACCCUAUGAAUGUAAUAAAUGCAGUAAAGCAUUCCCUUUUUCCAGUUCUCUUCGAAGACAUGCAAGAUCUCACACUGGAGAGAAACCCUAUGAAUGUAAAAAAUGCAGUAAAGCAUUCAUUUCUUCCAGUUCUCUUCACGAUCAUGAAAGAAGUCAUUCUGGAGAGAAACCCUAUGAAUGUAAUAAAUGCAGUAAAGCAUUCCCUUUUUCCAGUUCUCUUCGAAGACAUGAAAGAUCUCACACUGGAGAGAAACCCUAUGAAUGUAAAAAAUGCAGUAAAGCAUUCACUUCUUCCCAUUCUCUUCAAAGACAUGCAAGAAUUCAUACUGGAGAGAGACCCUAUGAAUGUAAACAAUGUGGUAAAGCAUUCACUUUUCUCGGAUAUCUUAAAUUACAUGAAAGAAUUCAUGCUGGAGAGAAACCCUAUGAAUGUAAAAACUGCGGUAAAGCAUUUGCUUAUUCCCGUUCUCUUCAAGAUCAUGAAAGAAUUCAUACUGGAGAGAAACCCUAUAAAUGUAAAAAAUGCAGUAAAGCAUUCACUUUUUCCAAUUCUCUUCGAUUUCAUGAAAGAACUCAUACUGGAGAGAAACCCUAUGAAUGUAAAAAAUGCAGUAAAGCAUUCACUUCUCUCAGAUCACUUCGAAGACAUGAAAGAAGUCGAAGACAUGAAGGAAGUCACGUUGGAGAGAAACCCUGUGAAUGUCAGGAAAGUGGUUAAUCCUGUAUUUGUGAUGCAAACUGUUGAGAAUAUGCAAGAAUGCACACUAGAGGAAAAACCAUGUAAAGGGAAAGAAUGUGAGAAUGCUUUUGUCAUCCCAGUUCUUUCUGAAGGCAUGAAAGGACUCACUUGAUAAAAACCUCUUGAAUGUAAACAGCAUGGGAAAGACUUCAUUGGCCUACAUCCUUCCAUGUGAAACUCCCAACCAGAAAGAAAUAGAAAUAAAAUGUAAGUAACAUGGGAAACUUGAUGGACAUUAAUUUCUGUAUAAUGUUCUAGAAAACUUUAACAUGAAAGAGUUGUUAUCAAAGUUGUAAAUAUAUUGUGUUUACCAAGCCACUGAAAGUACAACAUUGCACAGUGGGUUUCUAUUAAUAACUUUCAGAAAUGAAUAUUAAGGUGAGGUAAUUCUGUGUCGUCCUUCAUCAAUACUGCUUAAAGAUUAUUAGGUGGCGCUUUUUUUUAAAUCAGUUAAUGAUAUUUUUUCUUGGGGCCGGCCCAGUGUUGCAGUGGUUAAGUUCACAUGUUCUGCUUCGUGUGAAGUGAAGUGAACCCCAGUGACCCAGGGUUCGCCAGUUUGGAUCCCGGGUGCAGACCUACUCACCGCUCAUCAAGCCAUGCUGAGGCGGCAUCCCAUGGUGAAGAGGUACAACUCUACAACAAUGAUACAUAGCUGUGUAUCGGGUGGGGGAGAAAAAAGAAAAAAAAAAAGAGGAAUAUUGGCAACAGAUGUUAGCACAGGCCAAUCUUUCUAAAAAUAAAAUCAUCA